AUGACCGUCAACACAACAGUCCUAGACGCACUCAUCGUCGGCGGCGGGUUCGGUGGUGUCUACCAACUCAAACGACUCCGCGAAGAAGGCUACAGUGUCAAACUCGUCGACAUGGCCUCUGACUACGCUGGUGUAUGGUUCUGGAACAGGUACCCAGGUGCUCGAGUGGACAGUGCCAUACCCCACUAUGAAUACUCUGACCCCGAGCUAUGGCGUGACUGGAACUGGACACAACGCUUCCCCGGCAGCGCCGAGCUUAGAGAGUACUUCUCCUACGUCGCUGAGAAAUGGGAUCUUCGCAAGGACACCUUCUUCAACACAUAUAUCUCCAAAGCUGUUUGGGACGAGGAGACGAGUAGAUGGCAAAUUGAGAGUAAGGAUGGCAAGAAAUUCGUUGCGCGAUACUUACUCUUGAACACUGGCUUCGCAGCCAAGCGUCACACACCCGACUGGAAGGGUAUCGACAGGUUUGCUGGUCUCUGGAUCCAUCCCUCUUACUGGCCCGAAAAGGAACCUGAUCUGAAGGGCAAGAGGAUUGCAGUCAUCGGAACAGGUUCCACUGGCGUCCAGCUCGCACAAGAGCUUAGCCAAGUUGCAACCGAGUUCGUGCUGUUCCAACGAACGCCCAACAUGGCACUGCCCAUGAAACAGAUUGAAUAUUCGCGAAACGACAAGUCAAUUACUGAAGAGCGUUACAACGAGGUCUUCAAAGGUCGACUUGCUAGCUUUGGCGGAUUCGACUUUAACUUUUAUCCCCACGACACUUUCAGUGAUGACGCCGAGACGCGUCGUGCAGUAUAUGAAGAACUAUGGAGCCAUGGCGAUUUCAAGUUUUGGCUUGCGAAUUAUCAGGAUAUGAUCUUUCGAGAGGACGCGAAUGCAGAAGCCUACAAGUUUUGGAAAUCCAAGGUCCGAUCGCGCGUUAAGGAUCCCCGCUGCCAGGAGAUCUUAGCUCCAGAGAAACAGCCAUACAGUUUCGGCUGUAAGCGAAUUUCUCUUGAGAACGGUUUCUACGAGAUCUUUAACCAGUCCAACGUCUCCCUGGUAGACGUCAACGCCACGCCUGUUGUUGAAGUCACAGAACGCGGUAUCAAGACAACUGAGAAGGAGUGGGAGUUUGAUGUCGUAGUUUGCGCAACGGGUUUCGAUGCCAUCACUGGCGGUCUGAAGGAUAUCAACAUCCAAGGCGUUUCGGGCGUUAAACUCGCAGAUAAGUGGGAGACUGGUGCAAAAACGUACCUCGGCAUGGCUGUUGCUGGGUUCCCCAACAUGUUCUUCACAUAUGGACCUCAAGCACCCACGGCGUUGUGCAAUGGUCCGACAUGUGCUGAGUCACAGGGCGAGUUCAUUGUCAAGGUUAUGAAGUACAUGUCGGCCCAUGGCCGUCAUAAGAUUGAAGCCUGUAAAGAUGCAGAGGCUGAGUGGGGGGCACAAGUCCGCAACAUCGCCAGUGCUUCUCUUUUACCCAGCACCAAGUCGUGGUAUAUGGGGGAUAAUAUCCCAGGCAAGCCGCGCGAGUGCUUGAUUUACCUUGGUGGCGUUCCAACUUAUACCAAGACGCUGAAAGACUGUACUGAGAAUGGGUUUGAAGGGUUUCAGCUGAAAUAG